CCUUACAAGAAAAACAUUGCAUUUUGGUGCACCCUCAAGAACAGAAUGUCCAGCUUGCGGUUCUGCACAUGGCUAAUACUGAUAUUGCUUGUAAUUUCAAUGUGUGAAAGCCGCCUUUAUAAUCCACACACAGAGGGCAGGAACCUGAACGGGCCAUUUCGAGCAUUGUCUAGCACCAGGACAGUGUAUGAGUUUGGGGUCAGAUAUCAUCACUACAGGAACCAAAAUGUCUCUGAGUCAAAACGUUUGAGCCCUGGAGGUCCUGAUCCAAAACAUCACUGAUUUAUAUUCUCAGUGAUAUAGAGCAAGAUCUGGCUGCUUACAUCCUGCCAUGAAGUUACAAGUACUAGUAGUUGUAAGAAUAAAUUAUGAUGCUAGAAAUAAGGCUUUGCCAUUGUAAACUGCUUAAGACAGCAAUGGCAAACAAAUGCUGGAUGUAUAAGUGCUAGAUCAUAGUUUGAAUGUUGUAACACGUUAUGCUGUAAUAUCUAUGAAUUAUAAUUUUAAGACUUACACUGGCUUAUGAAGAAGUUCUGCAUUAAAAAUUUUUUGCAUUG